CAAUUUAUGCAUGCUUAUUGUUUUAUGUUAUUAACAUGUAAUUUUUUUAUGAAUAGGAAUGAACUAAUAUUCACAAUGAAUUAAAUCAUUAUUUUGCAGAGUUAUUUUAUGUGGGACUCUUUUGCAGCUGGUAUAGCUGCUUCAACUAUGAGUAAAUCCAAUAACCCCGAAGGAGAAAAUGAAUUUGCUGACAUGGAGUAUAUGAACAUAACUGUUGUUACUUCAAACAAGCCUUAUGGGAUAUCUGAUGGCUCAAAUCCAUUCUUUGAUGGCCUAAAAGUUCCCAAGUUCAAUUUAGAGAAAGGUGGGGUUCAUAGCGGUCAUAUUCAACAAGGACUUAGAGAUCCACUUUGCUUUGUAAAGAAUGGGAAAGGAAGAUGCCAGGAUGGUUAUACAGCAGAGACACAUGGUCCAGACUCGGUUAGGGUACUUGUUGCCACAAAAGCAAAGCCUAAUCAGGAUACUGGAAGCUCACUUGACAGAGAAUAUUUCAAAAGCUUCUUGAGUGUUCUAAACAACCCGCAAUAUGCUGGGAAGUUCAACUUCACCACACAGUUUCCUUACUACAAAGAAGUAACUUACAAGCCAGAUUUUCAUAACAAAACACUUGGGAAACCUGUUGUGUUUGACAUGGACAUGAGUGCAGGAGAUUUUCUUGCUCUAUUUUACCUCCUUAAAGUUCCUGUUGAAGUAAUCAAUCUUAAGGCAAUCAUUGUGAGUCCUACUGGAUGGGCAAAUGCAGCUACAAUAGAUAUAAUCUAUGACUUACUGCACAUGAUGGGUCGUGAUGAUAUCCCAGUUGGUCUCGGAGAUGUUUUUGCAGUGAAUCAAUCUGAUCCAAUAUUAUCAGGUGUUGGGGAUUGCAAGUAUGUUAGAUCCAUUCCACAUGGAAGUGGGGGGCUUAUAGACUCUGACACACUUUAUGGUCUUGCUCGCGAUCUACCACACAGCCCAAGAAGGUACACAGCAGAAAACUCUCUGAAGUUCGGGGCUCCUCGAGAUACAUAUCACCCUGAACUCAGGCAACCACGAGCUAUGGAAGUUUGGGAGUCUAUUUGGCAAACAACUAAACCAGGGUCAGAGAUUACAGUAUUAACUAAUGGACCCUUGACUAAUUUGGCAAAGGUUGUAUCAGUAGAAAACAUAAGAUCCAGAAUAAAGGAGGUUUAUGUAGUUGGGGGACACAUCAGUGAAAAUGUCAAUGAUAAAGGAAACAUCUUUUCAGUUCCUUCCAACCAAUAUGCAGAAUUCAACAUAUUCUUAGAUCCUUUGGCUGCCAAGGCAGUGUUCGAAUCUGAAGUUAACAUCACAUUGAUUCCGCUUAGUGCCCAGCGUAAAGUAAGUUCAUUUUCAACUGCCAUAGAUUCUUUAAAAAGGGCUAAGAAAACUCCAGAGGCUGUGUUUUCCCAGGGUCUGCUGUCAUGGCUAUACCACUUGAAGCAAAUCAAUGAUAAGUAUCUUCAUAUGGACACAUUCUUGGGGGAAAUUCUAGGUGCAGUUACCUUGGGCGAUACUUCAACUAAUCUUGAUCCAAAUUUUGAGGUCAAGCCUAUUAAAGUCUUAGCUGAUGGCGUUGAAUCCACUGAUGGAACAAUUGUGGUGGAUGGGAGACAUGGAAAAUUAGUUAGAAUUUUAAGAGGUGUAAAUGCCAUGGCUUAUUAUAAUUUGUAUGCAGACAAGCUUGGCAAUCAUAAUCAAACAGCUAAGGUUGGCAGCUUUAAAGAACAAACAAGAAAAUGGCGUUAUGCUCAUUUGUAAUUUCCUUAUUCUCUGCUCGGCAGCAAUAAUAUAUCUUUUGUUAUAAUUUGUAUUUUCUAAUAAUUACUCCAUGCUUUGCAACCAAUACAAGGAAACCAGUGGAAAGUGGAAA